AUGAAAAGUAAAUAUUUUUUAAAGAAAAACAGAAAAAAUGUAAAGGAAAAAAAAAGCUGCAUACAAAAUUAUGAUAUUCCUACGACAACAAGUUUAUAUAAUUCAACCAUAUUGAGAAAAAAUGAAAAAUUAAUAAGUAAAAAGAAAAGAGAAUACUUGAAUAGAAAUAAAAAUAGUAUAAAUUGUAAAGAAAAUGAGAAAAAUUAUUUAUAUAAAGAAAAAUGUAACGAAGAACUUUUUCAUAAGGAUGAAAAUAAUAAGAUAAAAAAUGAAAAUUCUUUAAAUAUCAUAAAUGAAUUGCAUAAUUUUAGAAAAGGUAAUAAAGAGGAUAGCAUAAAAAUAAUAAAAAAGAAAGAAUGUAAUUUAAAUAGAAAGGAAAAUUUACAUUUAAAAUAUGAAAAAAUUAUAUUGUUAAAUAAAAAAUUUAAUAAUUUAAUGAAGAAUUUAAAAUUAAAUGAUAGAGAAUUAACAAAAACUAUAAAAUGUGAAAAUUGUAACUGUUCAACAGUAUUGAAAAAAGGAAAAUAUGGUAAUUUUUUAGUAUGUAAAUCUUGUUUAGUUAAAGUAUCUAAGAAAAAUAUAGAUAAUUUUAUUUUUAAUAAAAAAGAAAAAACAUUUUAUAAAAAUAAAAGUAAAAUAUCUUUUGAAAUGGAAAAUAAAUAUUCUUUUCGAAUACAUUUUUUUGGAUAUAUUAAUGUUGCAAAUAAAUUUAAUCAAAUAAUUAGUGAAAUAAUAAAGGAAAUAAUCACAGAUUUAAUGAGAAUUAAAAAAAGUAAAAUAAAAUAUAGAAAUAUUAUAAAAUAUAUUUAUAAAAUAAAUAAUCCAUUUAAUGAGAAUAAUAAUUAUUAUAAUUUUUUUUCCAUAUUAAAAAAAAAAAAUAUCUAUGAUUUUUAUAAUUUUUCUUUUAAAAGAAGUUAUUAUUCUAAUUUAUAUAAAAAGAACAAUUAUAUUAAAAGGAAAAAAAAAUAUGAAAUUCAUUUUUUAUAUAAUAAUAAGUAUAUAGAAUCUAUAGAAGCAAAAAUAAAUAAUAAUAAAAAAUACAAAAAUAGAAUUAAAAAGUAUUUAUUAAAAUAUUUAAACAAUGAUUUCUUUAAAGAAAUAUAUUAUUUACCUUUAACAUGGAAACCUAGAAAAGAUUAUAUAAAUAGUGGCAUAUUCCCAUUUCAUUUAUCAAAGGAUAUUAAAAAAAUAAAAUCAUUUAGAAGAUUGAGUGUUAAUAAUAAUAAUUAUUUAUGUGGUUGUGUAUUUAAUUUAUGUUCAUAUCAGUUAAUAUUACAUUAUUUUAUUUACAAAUUAUUCAAUUUUUGUUUUAUUUAUGAAAUCCCCAAAACCAUAUUUUAUUUUUUUAGAUAUUUUUAUCCUACUUUUAAUAAUAAAUUUUAUAUAUAUAAACAUUUUUUAAAAAAUAAGUACAUAGAUACAGUCAUUAAAACCUACGAAAAGUAUAAACCAAGUUUAACUGAAAUAAAAAAGAAUUAUAUUAUUCAUAAAAAUAAUCAACAAGUAGAAAAAGAAUCAAAAGAUGAGAAAUGCAUUAUGAAUUAUUACAACUAUGAAGAAUUAACUAUCAUUACAUAUAUUAUUGAUAAAUACGAAUUAAGAAAAGAAAUAUUAAGACAUUAUUAUAUGAAAGAAGAACAAAAAAUUAAAAAAGAAAUUUAUAAAGAAAUUAAAAAUAUAUGCCUAGAAGAAAUAAAAAAAAAAUUGCCUAUAAGAAUACAAAAAGUUAUUUUACCAUAUCAAUUAGAAACAAUAUAUUUUUUUAAAAAAAAAAAAGGGAGAAUAUUAAUUGCUGAUGAAAUGGGAUUAGGAAAGACAUUACAAUCGAUUUCAAUUUUUUAUUUUUAUAAUUUAAUUCCAGUUUUAAUUAUAUCACCAUCUUCUUUAAAAAUUAAUUGGCUAUCAGAAAUAGAAAAAUUUCUUAAUUUCUUUGAUACUUCAAAAGUAUUAAUUAUUAAUAGUUCAAAUGAUUUACCAAAAUUAAAUAUAAAUUACAAAAUUAUAAUUGUUUCAUUUAAUAUGUAUAAAAAAAUAUAUAACAUUAUAAAAGAAAUAAAAUUUAAAUUGAUUAUUGUUGAUGAGAGUCAUUAUAUUAGAACUGUUCACUAUGGAAGACAAAGUGAGUUAACAAAAAUGAUAAAAAAAAAAAUAAAAAAAACAAAAAAUGUUAUUUUUUUGAGUGGUACACCAUCUAUUAAUAGGCCUAUAAAUAUAUUUCAUCAAAUAAAAUAUUUAAUUAAUGAUAAUAAAAUAUUUUGCAAAAAUAAGUUUAUAUUUGGUGAAGAAUUUUGUAAAAAAUAUUUUUAUAGAGGUGAAAAAAUAUACGAGGAAAAUUUGAGAUCUUGGGAAUUUUAUAUUUUUUUAAAAAAAAUAGUUAUGAUAAGAAGAACUAUUUCAAAUGUUUUUAAAAUUAAUUUUCCUAAUUUAAAAAGAUUUUUUAUAUAUUUACCAAGUAAUAUUCAUAAUUUGUUAAAAAAUGGAGAAGAUAAUAAUGUAAAUAAUCAAAAAUGUACAAAAAGAAGUAUAAUAGAUGAAAAAAAAGUUGAAAAUAAUUUGAAGAGUGAAAAUAAAUUAGGAAAUAAUACGAUAAUAUAUGAUAAUAAAAAAGAUAAAACUAAAUUAAAUAGACAAAUAUUAAAUGAAUAUUUUAAUAUUGAUAUAAAGUCAAAAAAAGAAGAAGAAGGUAUUUCAAAGAUAGUGAAUGCUUUACAAUGUAUUGAAAAAUAUUUUCCACAAAAAAAAAAAAUUAUUUUUUGUUAUCAUAUAAUUGUAUGUAAAUGUAUAGAAGAAGAAUUAUUAAAAAUAAUAAGAAAGAAAAAAGAAAAAGAUAAAAAAAAUAUAGACUAUAUAAUAUUAAAUGGAAAUAUACAUGAGAAAGAAAAAAUUGAAAAAAUAAAAUAUUUUAAAAACAAUAAUAAUUGCUAUUAUGGAAUUUUUACUAUUUGUUCAGUUAGUCAUGGAUUAGAUUUCAGUUUUUGUAAUUUAUGCUUUUUUAUUGAAUUACCAGUUAACUUUUUUCAUUUACAACAAUGUGAAAGUAGAUUAUUCAGAAAAAAUCAAAAAUAUAACACUUUUAUUUUUUAUUUUUUAUUACAAAAUGGAUUAGGUAGUGAUUACAAAACAUGGAAAAGGUUCAUUUUGUGCUCUCACAGUACUAGAUCAAUCACAGAUGGUAUAAUUUGCAACAACAAUGAUUUAUUUUACGAAAAUUUUUCCACUGAUAUUAUUGAUUUAAUUAAUAACGAUUGCAAUAAUAAAAUAGGAGAUAAAAAAAAUGAAGAAACAAAUAACAGCAAAUUAUAUAAUAAAGAAAUUAAAUUAGAAAAUAGUGUCUAUAAAGAAAACGAUUUUUCUAAUAAUAAAUGUAACAAAACUAAAAAGGAAAGUAUAGAAAUAAAUGAGAAUGAAGUAUGUAAUGAAAAGGAUAAGCAUCUUAAUAAAGAAAACAUAAAAAACAAUAAUAAGAAUCUCAAGAAAAAAAAAAAAAAAAAAAAGUAUUUAUUUGAAAUUAAUACACUCACUAAUAGAAUACAUGCAUACAAUAAAAACAGAAAAACCAACUUCACUAUAGAAGAAUUAAAUAAUUUGAAACAAAAAAAAAAACAAAUAUUAAAAAUAUAUGCAAGUAAAUUUCUGGAAAAUUAUGAUAAACUAAAUGCAAAUGAAAAAAGGUGGAUUGAAAAAAAAAAAUGUGAUAUGAAUAUAUCUUUACUUAAAUAUUUAAGAAUUAAUGAAAAUAAAAAUAUGCAAUUAAAAUUUCAAAGAUAUAUAAAAAAUAUUGCUUUAAAAAAUAAAACAUACGUAAAAGCUUAUUUAGAAGAUAGCUUUAAAGGAAAAUUUCAAAUUUCUUAUUAUCAAGAAUAUGAUGAAAUAUCUAAUACACUAAAAUGCUUACAUUGUAGUAAUACUAUAUCUUUUUCGGAUAGUAUUAUAAUUGAAGACAAUAACAUAUUAAAUUAUUUAAAGGAAAAUUCCGAUAUAGAAAUAGUGGAGAGGUUUAAGAAGGAGUUAGAAACGAUUAAAUCAAAAAAAAGUAAUAUUAAAAAAAUUAUUAUAUGUAAAGAAAAUAAUUUAUUUUGUGAAGGAAAUUGUAGAAAGCAGUACUUUUUAAAAAAAAGUUCUUGUAGUUUAAGAAGAUUAAUAUAUGAAAGAGAUAAGGGAAUUUGUAAUAUAUGCAAUUUAAAUUGUUCUGAUUUAAUUAAACAGAUUAAAAAAACUAAAUAUUUUCCCAUAAAUGAAAGAAUUGAUUAUUUUAUUAAAACUAAUCCAUUAUUUAUAGAAAAUAUUAAUCAUCUAAAAAAAAUACUUGAAAAACCACGAGAUGGUUAUAUAUGGCAGGUUGACCAUAUUUUACCAGUUUUUAAAGGAGGAGGUGAAGCAUCUUUUGAUAACUUACAAACGUUAUGCACAUUUUGUCACAAAAAGAAAACAAAAAAUGAUGUAAAAAACAAAAAAGAUUAUGUUUUAGCAGAAAAAAAAAGUAAAUACUUUUAG